UCUGUCUUGUGUAUUUGUCCGCCACGGCCUCCCUUGCUUGGCCCUGGCUGGGAAGUAAAGAGGCGGAAAGGGAAUGGUGUAGCGGGCAGGGCGCUGUGAUACAACCCCCGGGAAUGUGAAACUGUAGGACCGACAUCACCCACAAGACGCAGCGCCUGCUUGCCUCGAUACUUUUUUGACCUGGUUUCUCAUGGAAGCAGAUGGAUUUCUGAGGAGACGUCGGAUGACAGCGGAGACUACAGGCAGUGAUCCCGGGGUUGCUGGUGCAUCUGCCGGGGCAGAAGUUCGAUGGCUUGGGGGCAGAUUCUGGGGAGUUUCGGAAAGUAUCGUGGGCAGCUUGACACCCCGGAUCGGAGGGGAAACGGAGCUACAGACUGUUGAUUUCAUCCGCAGCGCACAAGACGCACAAACAGAGGACACUGAGCCAGACUAUGAGGGUCUGCCGCAGGGAGCCUCCACCAGCACCCACAUGUUGGCCGGAGCCGUGGCCGGGAUCAUGGAGCAUUGCAUCAUGUUCCCCAUCGACUGUGUCAAGACACGCAUGCAGAGCCUCCAGCCCGACCCCGCAGCCCGCUACAGGAACGUGAUGGAUGCUCUUCGCCGAAUUGUUGCCACAGAGGGAGUCUGGCGACCAAUGAGAGGGCUGAAUGCAACUGCAGUUGGGGCAGGACCUGCUCAUGCCCUCUAUUUUGCCAGCUAUGAGAAACUCAAAAAGACUCUAAGUGAUGUCAUUCACCCAGGGGCUAACAGUCAUUUGGCUAAUGGAACGGCUGGGUGUGCGGCCACACUGCUUCACGAUGCAAUCAUGAACCCAACUGAAGUUGUGAAGCAGCGCAUGCAGAUGUAUAAUUCGCCGUACCGAGGCGUGAUGGACUGUGUCCGCGCUGUGUGGCAGAAAGAGGGCCCCGCUGCAUUCUACCGCAGCUACACCACCCAGCUCACCAUGAACGUGCCCUUCCAGGCGCUCCACUUUAUGACUUAUGAAUAUCUCCAGGAGCUGCUCAACCCCCACAGACAAUACAAUCCCUCAUCCCACAUGGUGUCCGGAGCUUUGGCUGGUGCCAUCGCGGCUGCGACCACCACACCUCUGGACGUCUGCAAGACCCUGCUCAACACCCAGGAGUCUCUAGCCCUCAGCUCCCUGUCUUCCGGCCAAGGCCCCGGCCAGAGCCAAGGAGCCCACAGACACAUCUCAGGCCUGGCCCACGCCUUCAGGACUGUUUACAGGCUGGGCGGCCUGAAGGGCUUCUUCAGGGGAGUACAGGCGAGGAUCAUCUACCAGAUGCCCUCCACAGCAAUCAGCUGGUCGGUCUAUGAGUUCUUCAAGUAUGGACUCACCAAGCACCAGCACAAUAAGAGGAGAACGCAGCACAUGGAGGCUGAAAUCUAAAUGUCUUCCUGGUUCAUGGUCCUCUAAUAUUUGUUCUGUCCUCCCUGUGAGGAGAAUAUGAAGUCAAUACGCACAUAGAAUCUGACUAAAAUCCACCUUGGUUGUCCUAUGCUUUUCAAACAUAUACAAGGAAGACCCCUUCAAAGACUGACUAGUUACAUUUCUGCCAAGAUGUUUCAAGACUAGGUGUGGUUUGAGAUAUGUUGUUUCUCUCCCCUAGAAUAAAACAUUUACACAGUAUUAUAGAAGUAGUUAAUCUUUCAAGACUUAUUCUUUCAAGCUAUUCUAGUGACCACUACGUUUAGCCAAAGCUGAGGAUAGAUGUCAAGAACGCACACGUUUUUAGUUGGAAAGGCCGUCAGCAGAGGGCAGUAGUGUUACUUUGUUCACUCACUUGCUGUCCUUGCCCCCCCUCACCCAUCCAGCCAUUCAUGCCUUGAGUUUCCAUAUAGAAAUAAUAACUAUGUCCUGAUCAGGAACCCUCUCUGGAUUAAUCAUUAAACACUUAUUUAAUAUAAUCCAAGACAAGUUAAUUUACAAGUUUGGGCAAGCAUUCCCUCUUUUAUGAAAUUUAUCUUGGGUUUGAUCCAAUUAAAAAUAUAUAUAUUUAAGCGAUUUUUAGAAACAUAUUGUCGCACACGUAGAUUUCCUGACAUGAAUCAGUUCCUUGAUACCUCUUCUGAGGUGCAAUGAAACCCUUCUAACAUGGUAAAAGAUAACAUCAUAUUUUUUGUCUUGAUUAAUUGAACUGUGUCAUUUGAAAUGUAGUCUAAUGGUAUUUGAUGAUUUCAAUGAUUACCAAAGGAGAUUAUUGACCAGAGGUGGGGUUCCCUUUUUUCCUUUGCUAAUGGCAGUAAAAUGUGUCUCUUUCAAACUCCAAGAUGUUUCCCUAUAAUAUAUAUGGGCAGAAAAUACAAAUAUUCAGUAGCUCUGGGGUAUCAAAUGAGUGUUUAUUUUAUUUUUAAUGAUUUUGAUUUCUUAAAUUGCAUUUUAUUUCCAGCAAAGACAUUGCUUUCAACUUUCCUUUUUAGUUUUCCCCUCAUUUAUGGUUUAAUCCACCCUUGGGUCAUCCAAUUACACACCAUCUAUGCCUUGUGUACAUGUUUGGCAGAACAAACCAGGGCAGCAUUAAAACAGCCUUUUCUGUGCAUUAACUGAAGCUAUCAGCCGGUGUUCAGCUUGUGAACUAUACUGGCUUUCAAUAUCUGUGCUUGGCAGCAAAAGUUGUCUUCAUUGUACUGUGCCCAACAUGAGUUCAGUAUACCACGAGAUAUGAACCUGUACCCGUACCUCCGUUGACUACACAUAAAUGGAAGCUGUCGUUCUUAUUGAUUGAUGUCUGAUUGUUUCUGACACUGAAUUGCACUCGUUGAAUAAAGACUGAGCAGCUCUACCCACUGCUCAGAAAUGAUGGGA